AUGUCGACUUACUCGACCGCCACUGUAGAAGCCGACGGCGCAAAGGUCUUCUAUCGAUAUGCCGGCUCUGAGUCUGCGCCUGUCAUACUGCUCCUUCAUGGCUUUCCGUCGUCGUCUCACCAAUUCCGAAACCUUAUCCCGCUCCUAGCAAAAUCAUAUCGCGUAAUCGCACCUGAUUUUCCUGGGUUCGGAUUUACCGAAGUCCCCACUGGAAGGAACUACCAGUACAGCUUCGCCAAUAUCGCCAAGACCGUGGAAGCGUUCGUGGACGCCUUGGAACUCACCAAGUUUGCCAUAUACAUAUUUGACUACGGCGCGCCUGUGGGAUUGAGGCUCGCUCUCAGCCGGCCGGAGCUUAUUGCAGCCAUUUUCACCCAGAAUGGAAAUGCAUACGAGGAAGGCCUUGGGGAUAGCUGGGCCCCAAUUCAAAAGUACUGGGUGACUGGUGCGCAGCCUGAUCGAGAUGGUAUCCGGCCGUUCUUGACACUCGAAGGGACCAAAUCACAAUACGUCGACGGAUCACCACAUCCUGCAGCGAUUCAGCCCGAGGCCUACUACUUAGACCAGGCACUAAUGGAUCGGGCUGGAAACAAAGAGAUCCAACUGGACCUGUUCUACGAUUAUAGGAAUAAUGUGGCCUUAUACCCAAAAUUCCAUGAGUAUUUCCGGGCGUCUGGCGUUCCCGUGCUGGCUGUCUGGGGAAAGAAUGAUGGCUUCUUCAUACCACCAGGCGCUGAGGCUUUCGCACGUGAUGUGAAAAAGUUCGAGUUGCACUUUUUGGAUGCGAGCCACUUCGCUUUGGAGACAAAUGAAGAUAAGAUUGCUAGGUACAUCGAAACAUUUAUUCAGAAGUAUGGAAUCUUCUGA